CAACAUCUGAAUCUACCUUGCAUCACACCUGCGAUUCCCUGCAACGCAAGUAUUCAAAAUGGCCUCUCCAUCCCGUCUUUUGCGACCCAUCAUCUCCCAGGCUGCUAAGCCCAGGGCCGUCGCCUUCGCUUCUAGACCUUUCCACAGCUCGGCUGCCAGACUCGCAGUUCGGGAUAUCAAGACUACUGCCGAGUUCAAGGAACUCGUCUCGACGACAGACAAGGCUGUCCUCGUCGACUGCUUCGCUACCUGGUGCGGUCCUUGCAAGGCCAUCUCUCCCAUCCUCUCCAAACUGUCUGAUCAACCCGACCUUCAGAGCGUCGAGUUUGUCAAGUUUGACGUUGAUGAGCUGCCUGAUCUGGCGGCUGCGCUCGGUGUCCGCGCCAUGCCCACCUUUUUCGUCUUCAAGGAUGGAAAGAAUGUUGACGAGCUGGUUGGUGCUAAUCCUCCGGUGCUCGAGCAAUUGGUGAGGAAGCAUGCUUAAGCAUAGCAUGAGGCUCUUUGUGUAUUGGUUACCAGUUGUCAAGAUCCGUGGGAAAAGGCAGUGUAUAUUAGACAUUGAUAAGCUGGAUAAAAAGAUGUACUGGUUUUGCAU